CUGAUGAUUGCAGUGUUGGAAAGACUGAGAUUUCUUUUUAUUUUAUUUAAUGUUAAUUAUAAUUUUAUGGUUGUUUGAUCAAUUGUCUUACAGUUUCUGUUGAGAGUCAGUGGGGGCUUUACUUGUUUGCUGACAGAUUAAUACAACAUGAGUGUCCUCCUCUUCAUGGACCAUGGUUUGCCUUUGCCAGAUUUAUGUCUUUGUGCUCAGAGAUACUUUUUUAUUGUCCCUUCCUUUUAGAUUCUUUGCAUCUGGAUGUGUGGAGCAACAACUUGGCUGAUGUUAGCAGAAGAAAAGAGAGGGAGAGGAAGGCUAGAAAAGACCAGGAAGAAUCGUGUCGGAACAGUUUACCUACACACAUACCUGAGUUGUUCAUGAUGGAGUCUGCUGUUGCUGUACUGGUGUCCCAGUUCAAGGCGUAUGCUGGCAGUGAUGGUUCCUCUGACACACUGAGCAGAGACGAGUUCCACAGACUGGUCACAUCGGAGCUCCCCAACAUGGUCAAGAAUGCUGGUGACCCUGCUGUUGUUGACCAACUUAUGAGCUCAUUGGACAAGGACAAUGAUGGAGAGCUCAGCUUCCUGGAGUUCUGGCAGCUGAUUGGACAUCUUGCGAGCAAGCAUGGGGGGUUCAGCCAAUAGAGUGCCCCCAGAUACUCUGUAACAGUUCCACGUGUGUUAACUGAUUUGUAGUCAUACAGUUACGAGAAAAAAAAUGGGAAAUCAGCCAAAUGGAAAACACCCUAAAGUUUAUUUCAACUGCAUAGUGUGUUUUUAUCAGUGUUCUGCUUUUCUUUUCACCCUGUUCUCUCAGCAGCUGCUGCCAAACUGGCACACACACUGUCACAGAAUACUAUUGAAAGAUUUCAGCAGUUUUAAAACCAGCCCAGUCUGUUUCAUACCACACACGCACACACACACACACUCACACACACACACACACACACAAACACACACACACACACACACACACACACACACACACACACACACAGCUGCUUGUGCUUACAGGUCUGUGAGGGUGUUGUAGAAUGCAUUGUCUGAAAGCUGAGAAUGUGUGUAUAAGCAUUAUGUGUUCUUGGCUUGUCUGACUCUUGGAAACAGGCCUCUUGGUGUUUGUCAUCUCUCUCUCCAGGGCACAAACAGAGGUGUGGUGUUGGCAGAACAAAAUUUGCCUUAGUAAGGCUGGAAAUAAAGUGUACAUGAAAUGUAAACACGUGGGUGUCUCUUGCUUCUCAGGCCUUCAUUUGUUCAUUUGUUCAUUUGUUCAUUAGUUUUAUUUUUCUAGUGAGCUCUAUCUUUAAAACCUUUCCACAAGUGAGUAAAGUUUCAGGGUGUGGUUUGAGUACAUCUGUGUGUUGGGAAAGCUUUGAAGACGCGCGCACUCAGUCAUGAGCGCGUGCUUGUUCUUACACGUUGGGAGAAAGUAUCUGCUAGGAAAAAAAAAAGUAGAGAUGAAUGUGCGCGUAAAUAAUCAAAACAUUUUUGUAAUAAACCACAUUAUAAAAACUUUCUGUGUUUUGUUGAGCAGCGGAAAUGUUUGUAAGAAAAU